UGUGGCAGCUGGGUGUAGGAGGGAACUGGUUAUGACCCAGAGGAGCUGGUGGCUGUGACUCCUGUCAUAGAGGAGAUGAAGGCAGGGUUCUGGGGCCUGUGUGCUCUGCACCAUAAUGUUGGGGGAAUUAAUACUUCUUUUUAGGAGUCUCCAUUACCCUUCACCAGGCAUGAUAGGAGCACUGGUGACUUGGCUGAUAUACUACAAGCCAUUCUUGUUUGGGUUCCUGUUCCUUCUUCUGUUGCUUAGCAACUGGCUGGUCAAGUAUGAAUCCAAAGCCACCCCCUCAGAACCCCCACAGGUGAAGGAAGAGAAGCCAAAGACACCAGAAGCUGGCUCCAACAACAACAAUGCCAAGAGCAUGAAAGAAGUAGAGAAAAUGUAUGCCUGCUUUGCUCUCCAGGACAAGAUCCUCGAACGGCUUUUGUUCAGUGAGAUGAAACUGAAAGUCCUGGAAAAUCAGAUGUUCAUCCUAUGGAAUAAAAUGAAUCGCUGCAGGCCGUCAAGCAAAUACCAGCGUUUCCCCAGGAAGAAAUACAUACUGGAGAGGCAAAACUCAAUCUUCUCCAUCGUUUCUGAUUGUACUUCCAAUUCCCAGGCCUAAUGAGACUGAGGCAAGCCAGCCUCUGCUGAUGUUAUCUCCA